GCGUAGCCGGCAUCAGGAGAGAAGCGAGGCGCGGAGUGUGAGUCGAUAGGCUUGGCCCUCGCGAGCGAGAGAGCGGAGUCGCGGCCUGUCAGAGUCCACAGUCCUAACUCGGCCUCAGACUGCGAUAGAUCGUAUCUUUCGCGGCACUGGUCCCGCCGCGGAGCAGCAGUCAUUCAAUCCUCGCGAUCAAGCGAAUCGCGCGCGAUAGCAAUCGCGGAUCGCGAGCGUGUGUGUGUGUGAGCGCGCGCGCGCGGCGCAAUCCGGCCGCUUUUCUUCUCGCCGGUUCGAAUCUCCCUCCCGACCGAUCGCGAGUGAUCGAACGACCUUCGACUAGGAUAGCGCGAAAAGUCCCGCGCGGGUGACUCGGCUACUCCCCCGCCGCGGAAACCAUUGCCUUCCCGCCGAGCGUCACCGAAGCGAGGAGGCGAACGCGAGGGCGGAUUAUCGCGAUCGCGUUCUCAAAAGAACGGGAUACCGGGAUACUGUUACAAGAGAUGUCCUCGAGAUCACGGUGUUGCCGAAACCACGUCUGAGUAAACGAGUCGUAAAUCAGAUCGAAGAUGCAGGCAGCACCGCCUCUGCUGUCGUUCGUCCUGGUCCUUCUGUAUCAUUCGGGAUGGACGUACGGGCUCUGCAAGCAGGACAACAGCACCUCAGCGUGGUGCGACAAGCUGGAGGACCUCGAGCACAUCGAAACGGACGGUCUGGAGUACUUGAGUGUUCCGGGCUUCGUCGCGCAAGACGUUUUAGUUCCGAGCCUCUUCGCCAACCUGACCAGCCUCAGGCAUCUUGACCUAUCCGACGGCGAUCUGAAGGUGAUCGAACCAGGAAGUUUUCGAACUUUAAGUAACUUGAAAAGUCUCAAUCUCGGCGACAACAGCAUCGAGUACCUGGAACUAGCUUCGCUGGAGGGCUUGACUCACCUGCGAAGCCUGAACCUGCGGAGGAACGCCAUCAAGCAACUACCACCCGCGCUGGCGCGCCUGAAGAAUCUUAAGCAUCUGGACAUCCACGGCAAUCCGCUCGAGUGCAACUGCGCCACUCUCAAAGUCCGCGAUCUUAUCGCGCAGAGGGGCGUGACAAUAUCGAAGAAGGUCAUAUGCGCGGGUCCCGGCAACAUGAAGGGCACGUCGCUGAUGAAACCGAUCGCGGCGAUUAUCUGCAGCUUCGAGCAGCAGGAUCGGGAGAUGCAGAACGAUCAAGCGGAGGGAUCCGCAGAGCCGGAGCUAGGAUCCGGAGAUGUGUUGGACGCGUUCAAUGAAGAGGACGACGAAGAAGAUGAUUACACGGAGGUCAACAACAGCACGUCGGCGAAGUCGACGGAGCCGGAAGUCGAGACUCCUUUCCCGACUGAGUUGGCAGUAGAUUCCGCGACAGAAUCUUCCUCGAAAGAGAUCACUACCGACGCAGCAACGGGUUCCUUGCAACAUAGCGCUGAGGACGAAGAGCUUUUCUUUGACAGUGAAGACAAGAAGGAGCAGGCAUCCACGACCGAGAUGUCGCGGAUGAAAGAGAAAAUCAAGGACUCCCUGUUUUACCCAAAUGAAGGCUCCGGCGACGAGGAAGGUUCCGGCGAAGGAUCCGGUACUGUUGGAGCGUUUUUCGACGAGGAGAAUACUGAGAAGGCGAAAGCCAAUGAAGAAUCGCUACUUUACACGGGAAGUAGCCUGUGGAAUUUCUUCCUGGACGGCUUCUCGGAAACUCCCGCUACUACGUUGAAGACUACAGUCACAGAUCUUGAGGAGGAGCAAUUUAUAGAUCUAUCCACAAAAGUGGCCACCGAGGAGCUCAUUGUGCCCAGCAAAGGCCACACAGUCGAAUCCGAUGUUGAUAGAACCACCGAGGUCACCACGAAGGUCAUAUCGCCCGAUUCAAACGUCAAUGACGUACAGGUGUUGAAAUCUCCCAAGACGAACAAUGAGUCCAAAUCUGGUAAUAUCAUGGACAGAAAUAGCAAUGAACAAGCGGUAUCUUCGCCCAAGCAGUCCAAGAAAGGCAUGGGUUCGUACGUCGUUCUGGCCGUUCUGCUUGCCAUUGUGGCGGCGCUGAUCGGUUUCGCCGCGUACAGGGGCGAGAUAUGUAGAAAGAGAAAACAGCCCGACGUAGAGACCGGUACCGAGAUGAAGGAGAUACAGAAGUCCCUUUUGGAGAACGGCGAUAAUUCGUCUCACCCAAAGAAAGACCAAAAUUCUGCGCCAUACGCGCGGGAGCUCGAGAGCGUUCCUCUCAUGAAGGUUAGAUCUCCUGGCGACGACGCGAAGAUUCACGAGAUCCACGAUGAUAACCGUCAAGCGCAGGAAACGCCGCGCCUCAAUGGCAACGUCGAUCACUCGGAACCCGUGAAACCGCCGAGGAAGCAACUUUCGCACGACGAAAGUGCAACUUCGCAAGACGACGAGGUGAGGGAGGAGAGACCUCGCGUGGACGUGAGUUCCUUGAAGAAGAACUUCCUGGAGGAUAGGAACCCGCAGCCCUCCACUUCAUUGAUGGCGACGACCAAUGGACCGACGAGUCACGCUUCGGAGUCCAAUGGACCACCGCUCAGUCCCGGGGCCCAAAGAGUGAAGAUCAUCCUGCAGGAGAUUCCCGAAAGUGUGCCAAAGACGCCCAUACUCAUCACGCGAACAAUGGCCGGUGAGAAUCUAGUCAAGACGUCAUGAAGCGGUGUCCUGGGGAGAGAAUCUACGAAAUAACGAACUUUACGUCGACCGAUCGACGUACACGUCUGUCGAACAUAAUUGAGAGACAAAUAUUUGGUGCAGAUAUGAAGGAAAAGGAAUUUCUUUUUCUACGAAUGCGACAUGUCUCAGAUGUGAUUUAUAAUAACGCCGUUGUUCCUAGGGCUGCACGCAAAUUGACUUCUCUCGAUGGAUUUUCGUGAUAAAGAAAGAUUACCGAGUCAGAGACCAUGCACGCACCGACAGUGGCUGACUAUUGUUUUCGGCAGGAAGCUGAAAGUGUGCGAAAGGUGACUGAGGGACAGAUGUAACUUCGAGCCGCUUCGUUGAACAAUCGGACGCACGAAAUGCUAUAUGUAUAUAUUUGCUGAAAUUGUAUGCCGUGCAGGAUGUCCUUUGGGUAUCGCGUAUUCUUUUUUACUUAUGGCAUUGUCUUUUUCGACUAAGUUUUAUAACGGAACUUCGUGCGAUCGUAGAUUCUAAUUUUUCGUGAAAUUUUGCAUACGUAUAAAAUGAAUUAAAUAGGUGAGCCUAGAAAUUCAACAAAUCUAAAAAACGAUUUUAAACCACACGUAGUAAUUCUUUAUCCGUAAAAAGUAUAAUUUUUGUAAUCUCUUAUAAAAGUAUAACGCAAUAUUCUUUUAUAAAACAGUACGAAGAAGUGACUCUAACAACUGAUAAUUUCUAAAUUUAUCUAUUUAUUUCUACUUAUAUGUAUGCAAAGAUUCGUAAAAAUUAGAAUUUAAAAUCACAUUUCGCGAAGUGUUUUGUUAAUUUCUGGGAUUAAAUUUUGGCGAAUUAAAAUCUAACUAAAAAUUUGUUUAAACAAAGUCUGAAAUAAAUAUACAUAUUCUCUGAUUUAACCGUAACACUCGAAGAAUGUAUUGUCAAAAUCUUGUGACUUUUAUCGCUUAUAAUUCACGAGCUACUCUUAUUAAAUCUCAGUUGUCUUUUCCCUUAAUUUAAUUGAUCAAAAAGUAUAAUACUUUAGACAUCCUGUAUCAAUGCCAUUCCAGUGAGAAAUUCGUCGAUCGAAUCGAUGUCGAAACGACGUCGAACUAACGUCAAUUUCACGGUGUCGUUUCUCGCUGGGAUACGCAUAGGAAUCUGCGGAUGGAGUAACGUUCGAAGUCAACACUAUAGUACACUAGUCAGUCUUCUUAAUCGGUUUCUCGCGUGUCCUGCGAGCAAGGACAUUGAGAAUUCCGCGGUAUUUGUUAUCGAGAGGCAUGCAUUGCGAGGGUCCUCGGAUCAAUCUCGAGGAUCGGCAAAAUGUUCGCCGUACGUCAGUGCGUCGAUGAGCAUUCCAGUUCUGCCAUAUAUUUUUCCACGCACGAACCAUCGAAGAAUAGUGUACACCGUCGGCCUUAUGCCGCCCUGCGAUCGAAUUACAGAUUGUUUGCCUCGUACCUCGUAUUUUUAGCGCAGCUCUUUACGUGCGACGCGGUUUGGACGCGAAGAAUUUGUAAUUCAAUGAGAGGUAGAAUUUGCCAAUUAUGAAUAAUGACCUUUGGGACAGCUUGUAGCAGCUACGGAGUGCGAACGUUUGUUGAGCAAUUUGACAAUACUGCUGAUGUUAUAUAUAUAUAGGGCUCAUUAUUCACGUCAGAGAAGAAAAAUAUACGUAAAUGUCCUGUUAUCAUGUAACUUCCCCUGUAAGGGACACGAUUUCCUCGCGAUCUUAGAGGCGUUUUCAGAGAGGCAGCGACUCGUAUUUUCAUACGCAUCAAUGUAUUUAUUCGUUGCGCACGGCGCAAAAGGAGGAGACGAACGGAUUCCGUGUAUGUGACGGCGCUCCAACGCGUCAUUAUCAGUUAAAUGAACGCUGUGUCAUGUAGUGGUGCGCGGUAUAUGACAAAGCGCCGUGAUGUGCUAUCAUAUUAUCCAUACUAUCGACUAUUACUCCUUACGUACGAUUCUUUAAGUCAAAAUGUGUCGAAUGCUGUUACGGCGUAUAUGAUUUAAUUUUAAGAUAGCGCGGCCGUUGGAUCGAGAACUUGUCGCAACGAUAACGCAACGUCGGAUCUAAGUUAGCGAUUAAAUAAGGAGCUCAGUGAAGAUUGUAAGACUUUAUUUAUAUGUUCAGCCUUUGAUCAAUAAAAGAGAGUGUUAUUUUGUUGAUA